CCUCGCUGACCUCGCGGCCGCUAUAAAAAGCCGGCGGCAAGGGAGCUCUCCAGCAUCCUCGCCUGUUUCGUUCGCCUUGGGCUCUUUUGCGCUUCUUUCUCGCUCGUUCUCUUUCUCUCUCGUUGCGAUGGAUCCUCAGAAUUGCGGCUGCGCCACCGGCAGCUCUUGCUCCUGCAAUGGAUCCUGCAAAUGCAAAAACUGCAAAUGUACUUCGUGCAAAAAAAGCUGCUGUUCCUGCUGCCCCGCCAGCUGUGACAACUGCGCGAAAGGCUGUGUCUGCAAAGACCCUUCCCUGAACAAAUGCAGCUGCUGCCCCUGAACCCCCCCUGGCCACUUCUUUUUGUAAUUAUGUUAAAUCUGUGGUGCAGUAAAUAACGAUUUUUCAGGCUACAGCGACAUGUGUUGCCCUUGUGUUUUUUUAAAAGCCUGAGAGCAUGAAAAUAAAGCUGACUUCAGACAAACGCA